AUGCCCGAAGACGCAAUUGGCGUUCUCAUCGCUGCGGCGAAGCGCCAAGGGACACAAAAUCGGGCGGGCUGGCCGCUGGUGAUGCUCGGAGAGCUGUCAUCCUCUUUGGUAGCAAACGGCAGCAAGGACAGCGCGGCGGCGGCGGCGGCGGCGGCAGCGGCAGAGCGCAUCGCGGGGGACAGCGCUCUGAUGGAGGUCGUGCGGCUCCAGCUGGCCGGCGACAGCGACACGUUUGGGGCAGCCCUGCGGCUGGUCAGGGUCCUGCAGGGCCACCUCACACGCCGCGCGUGGGAGGCCACCGUCGCCGUGCUCGGCGACGGGGCGUCCGUGCUGCUGGGCGGCGGCAGGGCGCGGCUGGACGACCCAACCCUGGCUGACCGGCUGUCAGCGCUGGCGGUGCACGUCGCGGCGUGCGGGGAGGAGCAGCGUACAGCCGUGGCGGCGGUGGUCGCCGAGCACGGCUUCAUUGGGCUGCUGCUCAGGUCGCUGACCCACCGAGAUCUUGCCACCAAGACCAAUGCCGCUGUCGUGCUCGUCGUGCUCUGCAGCUCCCCGGUCGCCUGCGCGGCCGUCUCCGCACACCCAGCGGCGCUCGCCGCCCUAGCCAAUCUGCUGCGCGAUGCCAGCGCCGCGGCCAGCGCCACGGGUAGCGAAGAUGCGCGCGAGCUCGCCGAUCCCGCGCACAACGCGCUGCAGGCGAUAUGCUUGCUGAUCGCGCACAGCGCCGCCGCAGGCGACGCGUUCGCCGCGAUGGCGCUGGCCCCGUCUGGCUCGGGCAUCCUGGCCGCGGUGGAACGGCAACUGUCUGCGCCCGUCGUGGCCGAGUCUGCCGGCCCAGGCGACCGUGACGACCUGCCAGUGCUGGCCGCCGCCGCCACCGCCCUUAACGCCACCACUUUCGCCGCGCGCCGCGGCGGUCGGCUCGCGGCGCUGCAGACGAGGCGUCCUUUCGUGCUCGGGGCCGCCCAGGCGCUGGUGCGGGUCGCGGGAGACCUUCGCGGCGACGAGCGCCCGCUUGACGGGGGCCCGCCGCCAGAGCAUGGUCAGAGGCUCACGUUAAAGGCGGCCGAGGCGCUCUUAGCCGCGCUGGACUGCCUCACGGACGGCACCGCAGACGACGGCGGCGCCGCCGCUGCGCUCGGGGCACUGCGUGAAUGCGGGCCCGAGGCGCUGCAGGCUUUUGGGGACGCGGCGGGGCGCGCGGGCGACGCCGUCAUGGCGGCGCGGCCAAGUAACGGCGCAGAGGCGGACAAGCAAACGCUGCAGCAUGACGAGGCAUUUGAAGCUGCCAUGCCUAUGCGCCUGGCGAGGCGAUUUGAGGAUCUCCGGCAGCAGCAGCAGCAGCAGCAGCGGCAGCAGCAGCAGCAGCAGCAGCAGCAGCAGCCACACCCGAGUCAGCAGCAACAGCAGCAGCACCAGCAACAUCAGCAGCAGCAACAGCGGCGGCAGCAGCUGCAGCAGCAGCUGCGACACCAGGAGCAGUCGCGGCAGAAAGAGGUAGAUCAACAUCAGCAUGAUCAGCAGCAGCAGCAGCAGCAGCAGAAGCAGCAGCACCAGCACAAGCAACACCAGCAGCAGCAACACCAGCAUCAGCAGCACUACCAGCAGCAGCAGCAGCAGCACCAGCAGCAGGACUCAGCCGCCAGCACUACCAGCAGCGGCCGCAGCAGUGGCGAGCGUGCAACAGGCGUUGGUCUCGCACCAGCGGAUCAAGUUGAUUAG